CUUUUUUCCUCUUUCUCGUUUGAACUUCAUCUUUGUUUGCCCCCCCCUUCCUUGCGUUGACUCGAGUUUAUUCUUGGUAUUUGAACUGGAUUCCUGAUCCCUUCCCCUCCUGAGCCUUCACCGACUCGUUCGACCUCCUGCGUUCCACGGCCCGCUUCGACCCGUUCCAAAGGAUAUGUCCGCUACAGGAACCUACAGGGGAACCUACAGCCAUAAGACUGUUGGGAGAGGUAAACUGCCUGACUUUGAGAGCAGCCCGGCUUCGCAUAUCCCUCGUCCUCGACCGGAUAACUCGUCCAUCUCCUCGUCUCAUACCGCCCAGACGCCUCACACCCCCUCCAGCGACAUCGGAAGCUCCACCAUGAGUGCCAGCGCUGCCAGCAGCCGUCAGAGGCAGACUCAGUCGAAACGCGAUGAGGCAAUUCGUCGAAAGAUCGAGGCCGACCUCAGCAAAAAGAAGCACCAGCCCGGCAGAGCCCAUCGCUCCCGCAAAGCCCCUCCCGGAACCGUUCUGGCCCUCAAGCCCAGCCAGGCCCUGCAGAUCAAGCCCUCCAUGUCGAUCGCCGAAGCCGCCCAGUUGAUGGCCGCGAAGAGGGAGGACUGCGUGCUGGUGACCGACGACGAUGACCGCAUUGCGGGUAUCUUCACCGCAAAGGAUCUGGCCUUCCGCGUGGUGGGCGCCGGGUCCAAGGCCCGCGAAGUCACCGUGUCCGAGAUCAUGACCAAGAACCCCCUGUGUGCGCGCACCGACACCAGCGCCACGGAUGCGCUCGACUUGAUGGUCCGGAAGGGCUUCCGCCAUCUGCCCGUGAUGGAUGAGAACCAGGAUAUCUCGGGUGUGCUCGAUAUCACCAAGUGCUUCUACGACGCGAUGGAGAAGCUGGAGCGUGCCUACAGCUCCUCUCGCAAGCUGUACGAUGCGCUGGAGGGUGUCCAGACCGAACUCGGUUCCAGCCAGCCCCAACAGAUCAUCCAGUAUGUCGAGGCCCUGCGCUCGAAGAUGUCGGGCCCGACCUUGGAAACCGUCCUGGACGGCAUGCCCCCGACGACCGUCUCGGUGCGCACGUCUGUGAAGGAGGCCGCGGCGCUCAUGAAGGAACAUCACACCACCGCGCUCCUGGUGCAAGACCAGGGCUCGAUCACGGGUAUCUUCACCAGCAAGGAUGUGGUGUUGCGUGUGAUCGCGCCGGGUCUGGACCCCUCCACCUGCAGUGUCGUCCGUGUGAUGACGCCCCACCCCGACUUUGCGCCCGCCGACAUGACUAUCCAGGCGGCGCUGCGCAAGAUGCAUGAUGGCCACUACCUCAACCUGCCGGUGAUGAACGACGCGGGCGAGAUUGUGGGCAUGGUGGACGUGCUCAAGCUCACCUAUGCCACCCUCGAGCAGAUCAAUUCGAUGUCGACGGCGGAUGACGAAGGCCCCGCGUGGAACAAGUUCUGGUUGUCCAUGGACCACGAAUCCGACUCCAUGGUCUCUGGCAGCCAGCAGCACGCGCCCCCGACCGCGCACCGGUCCGUGAUCAGUCCCGAAUCGCCGAGACAUACUUUCGACGCCCGAGACAGCGUUCUCCCGAACGAGUCGGCCUCCCACCACGGCGGGGAUGAGCACUCGGAGUUCAUCGGAUCUCACCACGGGGAUCUCGUCCCAUUCCCCUUCAAAUUCAAGGCCCCGAGCGGGCGCGUGCACCGCGUGAACAUCCUCCCCUCGGCGGGCAUUAUCGAGCUCGUGUCGCAGGUCAGCGCCAAGCUGGGCCCCGAGCUGGAGGCGGUCGGCGGCGCGGCGGUCUGCGAGGACGGCAAGCUGAGCAACACGGGGUACGCCCUGAGCUACAUGGACAACGAGGGGGACACCGUCUCGAUCACGACCGACCAGGACCUGGCGGACGCGAUCCUCCUCUCGCGUCACUCGCGCCGGGACAAGGUCGACCUCUUUGUCCACGACCCGACGCAGCCCCCGGUGCCCGCCCCCGCCGAGCCGGCCCCGGCGCCGGUGCCGGUGCCGGCACCCAUCCCGGUGGAGGAGAAGAGCUCGACGGUCUCGGAGGACACGGUCGAGGAGCCCCUGGUGUCGCGGACCCGCAGCCAGACGUUCCCGCCGCGUCACCCGGAGGAGCAGUACAUCGCGGGGGUGCCCAACGACCUGCUACUUCCGGGCGCGAUUGUGACCCUGGCGGCGGUGAUUGCGGGGGUGUUCAUCCUGAGCCGGCCCAGCGGGCGGUAGUGGUGUCUUGAGAGUGGAGGAAAAGGUCAAUGUGUAUGACGGUUGCCUGUUCUCAUUUUGUCUAAACCCCAGCGUUGUUUUAUUCAUUGUCUGUUUUUAUAUUACUUUUCGUUUGCAUCUUUUGCGUGAUGGUGGCCGUGGAUCCCUAUUCGGAUCGUGUGUUACUGCUUCCUGAGCGUGAGUUGAAUCCAUAUACCAUCUGAUACACUGUGUUCGUUCAGCAUCAUGAUUUUUACUGCCACAACAUUGAAUGGAAUCUCUACUCGCUGUAUUUUUUGUUAGUGGGUAGUAUAUAU